AUGAUCCGUCGGCUACCUAAGGGUGCCGUUGGCUUUCUUAACACAGCCGUUCAUAUGUUCGCAGGUUACUUUCAGUAAAACAAGAAAUUAAAGACUGGCAAUCGGUUGCCUGAUUUUUUCCUUCUCCCCUUGACUAAUUCUCCGUUCAUUCUCGCGUUCAGAUGAGAGGAGGCAGAAUUCGAGUUCCAGCUAGACCAUGAAAGUAUAUGCGACUUUCAACCUGAUAGUGAUGAUGCUGAUGCCGCUGUUGCUACUGAUGAUGAUGAUGAUGAUGAUGAUGAUGAUGAUGAUGAUGAUGAUGAUGAUGAUGAUGAUGAU